GAUAUGCUAGACGACAGGUUGUUUUGAUAAAGAUGCUGGAAAAAUCUCUAAAUUGUUCCUUGUAAAUCACGACUUUUCACUUUUAUUUUAGUCUGUUAUACAUUUGAAGAAGUGAUACUGUUGUUGUUUCAUACUACGUCAAGAUGAGUCACGCAGACCCAGGUCCCUUGUCCACAUAUAACAGCUUGUGUGACCCAAACCUGGCUGGAUAUUUUAGUGACAAUAAAAAGAGGCGUCAUCUUCGAAAAUCAGGACUGAUUUCAAAGAAAGGAGCAAUUGUAACAGAGACCACAUACAGGUUAAAUAUGGCCCGUAAGGAACACAAGAAACAUGUCAGGGAUCUACUGUCUCAGGCCAUUGUACACAAAACCUUGGAUAUGGAAAGGGUUAGACAAGGACAAAUUAAAAAGAAACUUGAAGAAAUUGGAAAAAUUGAGCUGGUUCGACGAAUAAGGGCAGAGAGAGCCAGGAAAGGUGAUGAGGAUAUCCUGCCAUAUUUAUCCCCUAGGGGAUCUCGUACCAAGAGUGAACGUCCAUCAUCUGUUCCAUCAAGUAGAGUUGGCCGGGGAUCAGGUGAUCGGCCAUCCAGUGCCCCUCAGUCCCGUAUGAUGCGCUCGCAAAGGUCCUCAAUCUCUGAUGAAAUGUCAUCCUCUGGAGAUUACGGCCGACCAAAGUCACGCAUGAAAGGGAAGAGAAAUGAUGAUGAGGAGUAUAGUCCCAGAGUAAUAUACAUAGAUGCCAAUGGCUACCCUGUGGAUGAAACUGGUGACAAAUCUCGGAACAGAUAUGAAAAUGAGGAAGAAAUUGAUUCAAAAAAUUUAUACCAGUUGGACCAAGUGGCUAUGAUAGAGUACAGUAAAAGCCAUCAUGAUAUUGACCAGGGGCGGGGCAAGUCACCCUACACAAUAUCCCCAGUGCCCCCUAAGUCUGCCCGCUCUUCAAACAGUUCCACACCCAGAAGCAGACGCAGAAAGAAUACAUCAGAACAGGAAGACCAAGAUAAAAACAUGGGUUCUUUGAUGUUGCACAGACAGGAGCCUGCUAUGAUGUAUCAGACACGGGUGCAGUCAUUCUGCAAGGUGACGCUACAUUACCUGGGUAGUAACAUCCACUUGCAGCGUGAACAGUUUGAUCCAAGACAGGACGUACAUGUUGAGCAGCAGCAUUGUGGGGGCAGCACACUUCCUGUGUUCAGAGAGCUUAUUUUGCCUGGCAGUGACUUCACAUUCCUUAGUAGACGUCACAGAGGCUACCCUUUCAGUCUGUCUAUUUAUGUCGAUGGUGUAAUGGAUGCCAGGAUCAGCACAUGCUGUGAGUACAAACACAGAAAGGGGACAAAGAUUGGUGGCAAGCAGGGCCACUUCAAGUUUAUAGCCGUUGAAGGUGCUGCACCUUGUUACAGAUGCCAAGUCGAGAAAGGAAUGUCCGAAUCCAGAAAAUUUCGUAAAAAGAAACAAAAAGAAGAAGAUGCCCAGAGGAAGGAGGAAGAAGAUAUUAUGGAUGACACAAAACAAGAUGAUGAAGAGAAACAAGAGGUAGAGAAUGAUGAAGCUCAGAAAAAUAAUGAAGAAGAGAAAGAUGAAGAGACAACUGAGAUAAGAGGAGAGGGGAAUGAGGAAGAAAAAGAACAAGAAGACUACUCUGACGAUGAUUUUGAAGAUGAAGAAGCUAAUGAUGGUGAUAACAAGGCAGAGAAUAACUAUGAUGAUGAAGCUUUUGAAGAUGAGGAAAAAGAAAAGCAGGCUGAAGAGAAUGAUGAGAUAUUAGAAGAAUCUGAACCAGUAAAGCAGACUGCUGAACCUGUAUCACUAUCAGAGGCUGAAGAGGUUGAUGAUGAGGAUCAUGAUAAAGUUGAGCAGAACAAUGAUGAUAACAAUGAUGAUAAUGAUGAUGCUAGAAGUGUAUCCUCAUCUACUUCCUCUAGUUCCUCAUCUUCCUCUAGUUCCUCCUCUAGUUCUGAAGAUGAGGAUAAAACACCAAAGCAAAAAGAGGAAGACUCUGACGACGAGGAUACUAAUGAUAAGGAACAUGAUCAAAAAGAAGAGGAUUCAUCAAAAGAUGAUGAAGUUACUACACAUGAAAAUACACUAAAUCAAGAAGUUGCUGCUGAAAUGGAGAAGGUUCUACAAAAAGAUUCUGAUUCCCAUCCCUCUGGGUCAGAUCAAAACAACAAAUCUACUGAUGAUACCGAUGAUAAUAACAUCAAAGAAGAUGACAAUGCUAAAGAUAAAGAUGGCAAACACAGUGAUGAAGAUGAUAGAAAUAGUAAUGAUGCAGAUGAUAGAAAACAUCAAGAUGAAGAUGAUGAUAGUAGAAAUUAUGUUGAUGCUGAGCCCCAGUCUGCUACUGAAGAGGAUAAGCUAGUUGAAACAACAAAGGAUGAAGACAAGCCUGAAGAUGACACAGCUGCUGAGACAC